GUCAAGGGUUGUCGCCUCUCGCUCGUCUCAACCGCUCUACCUACACCCAUGGACGACUCCGCCGACGAGGGGCUGCAUACAUUGUUGCCAAAAGUCAGUGACAUUGGGAGGGUUACUGUUAGGGGAUUUGACACUAGGCUGACUCCUCAUGAAGAUGUCGAGAGGGCGCUGAGAAAACAUUUCACUUCAUGUGGAGAGAUCACGGAUGUUUAUGUUCUCAACAGUCGAGCUCAUAUAUAUCUUGUGGGGAAAGACGUAGUCCCUAAGGCCUUGCAGCUUAAUGGAAGUGAUUUGGGAGGAUGGAUUGUCUCUGUUAAGCCUUUUCCGUUUUCUGAAAAUCCAAACGAUAACGUUGUGGUAAAAGUUGAAGGAUAUGACACUUCCCUUAGUGAGAUUGAUAUCCAGAGCGCUUUGUGUAAGCUGUUCUCUUCAUACGGAACGAUCAAGGAACUCCUUUUUAGCCAAGGCCAUGCACUGGCUAAUAUAUGUGGUAAAGACAUUGCUGAUAAGGCGCCUGAACUUGAUGGGAGCGACAUGGGAGGACGCAAAAUAGCUGUUCGAGUGCUUUAUAGACCGAGAAUACACACUACCCACAUGCGCCGCUGCUACGACGAUCAACCUCCUUUUCUCCCACCAAGAACUGCAGUUAUUUCCGAUACCUCUACCAGUGAUGCAGCCAUUACACAAAGCAGGACUGAAAGCUCCAAGACUCCAGGUAAAUCUGUUGAGAAGAAAAGGAAGUUAAGUGAGGAACAGGUUACAACCACAUUAAAGAGUAAGGCUAUUCCUAGUAGUGUUGAGAAGCAAACACCUGAUAUAGCUGGGCUCGUUGUUGACGAUAUAUGCUUGGGAAGCGGCAAGAAAGCUGAUCCUGGAAAAAUGGUAGUAGUCCAUUAUACUGGAAAGCUGCAGGAAAAUGGGAAGAUUUUCUAUUCUACAAAAAGAAAAUUCCCUUAUCAGUUUCGUCUAGGUGUUGGAAAUGUCCUUCCGGGAUUGGAUUUUGGCGUUACUGGCAUGUGUGUUGGUGGCAAAAGAAAGCUCACAAUUCCUCCAGCAUUGAGGCAUUGUGCGGAAGGUUAUGGUGACAAUAUUCCUCCUGACGCUUGGGUGGUGAUUGAUGUUGAACUGAUUAAAGUAAAAUAAAAACUUGCUUGGGAACCUUGUUGAAUACAUGCAUAAUUAAGUUUAGCUUCCCUUUACUGAUGGGUAGUUUUUAUUUUUAUUGUUUACGACCUUUUGUGUACCUAGCUGACUUACUGUUAUUCACAUUCACGUUCUUUGGCUUUUUUAUUUAUCAAGGCGUCCCCAUAA